CCGGACAUCAGAGAGAGAUCUGAGCUGUUGGGCAAAACAUGGAAAACUUUAGAAAAUUGAAGGGGAUGUGUACAAUGAGGCGGGACGUCAUCAGAGAGUUUUUGGCGGAAUUGCUGGGGACAUUCGUAUUAAUACUUUUCGGUUGUGGUUCAGUGGCCCAGUCUGUCCUCAGCAGAGGGAAGCAUGGAGAAGAUCUCACCAUCCACUUUGGCUUUACUCUAGGAGUGAUGCUGGCUGUGUACAUGGCUGGAGGCGUGUCAGGAGGACACGUGAAUCCAGCUGUUUCUCUGGCUAUGGUUGUCCUGGGGAAACUCCCAAUAAAAAAAUUCCCUGUCUAUGUGGCAGCCCAAUUUUUAGGUGCCUUUGCUGGGUCUUGUGCAGUCUACUGUUUGUAUUAUGGUGCCUUUGCUAAUUUUGCUGAUGGAGCUCUGAUUGUAACUGGUGCAAAUGCCACAGCAGGUAUCUUUGCCUCAUAUCCACGAGAUGAUCUUUCAUUGCUUAAUGGAUUCAUUGAUCAGGUGAUUGGCACUGGGGCCCUGGUCCUCUGCAUAUUAGCCAUAGUAGAUAAGAAAAAUAUUGGGGCACCUAAAGGAAUGGAGCCUCUGCUUGUUGGCCUGAGCAUUCUGGCUAUUGGAGUUUCCAUGGCGCUGAACUGUGGCUAUCCCAUCAACCCUGCCAGAGACUUGGGACCAAGGCUCUUCACAGCUAUUGCCGGAUGGGGAAAAGAUGUGUUCAGUGCUGGACAUGGAUGGUGGUGGAUUCCAGUUGUCGGGCCAAUGGUGGGAGGUGUGGUCGGAGCGGCAAUCUACUUCCUGAUGAUUGAGCUGCACCACCCUGAGCCAGAGAAGAACCCAGAGGAUGACAACAGUGUCAAAGAUAAAUACGAACUGAACACUGUAAACUAAAAAGAGAGGGAAAGUAUGGUAUCUUUUCCUUCACCGUAGACCUCAAACAAGAAGCGCUGUUAUUGCUGAUCAUGUUUUACUUGUCUGUCCUCUACAAUCUCUUUUACUCUGUCAUUGAGAGUAGUACACUUUGCAAUGUCUGUGCUUUACUAGUCCUUUUCUUUUUGUAACUAUUUAGUAUUCGAAUGAAACCAUGGAGAGUCCCUGUAAAGCAGUUCAAUGGAAAGGAGGAGGGGAGAACCGGCUUGACAAUAUAAAUAAUAGUUUAAUGAAAAACUUAAACCAAAAGACACAAACACACACAUGAAAACAUUAAUUAAACGUUCUCUCUCUGUUGCACCACCGUCCACAGUCGGCGAUUAUCCCUCUCGGAGGAUUGAUUAGCCCGAUUAGGGGCUGGGAGUAUAAAAUCACGACCUGGCCCUGCCCUCCGCCCUGUCACAUUCCUCCCUCAUUCUCUCAGGCCCAGGGAGCCCCUGGCAUGACGUACA